UAUAUAUAUAUAUUUAUGUUAUUUUGAAUUAAAUAUAUUAUUUACCUCAUAAAAUACAGAGUGGGAAUAUAUCGCGAGAAUCAAAAAAAAUGUCCGCUAUAAAUGGAAAAGACAACAACGAACCUACCAUUCCACCAUCAGCACUAAUAAGAAGAGUCAGUUCUCGAUCAAUAAGGAAUUCGAUAUCAGAAGAGAAUGGAGUUGAGAAUAGUACGAACAAAUCUUUUGUGAGUAAAUACAAGAAAACACCGGAGGCGUUGAAGAGUUUCCACUUGAAUGACGAGAGUGAGCUGGAGGUGCCUGGUACUCCGAUGACGCCGAGGACUUCCACCACACCAGGGCACGAGAACUGCACAUUCCACCAUGACCUGGAGCUGGAUCACAGACCACCCACAAGAGAAGCGUUACUCCCUGACAUGGCCAACUCCUACCGACUCCUGCUGACAGGUCUGGGUGAAGAUCCUGAAAGACAGGGCCUGCUGAAGACACCUGAACGUGCUGCCAAAGCGAUGCUGUUCUUCACCAAGGGAUACGACCAAAGCCUUGAAGAGGUCCUGAACAAUGCAAUAUUCGAUGAAGACACAGACGAAAUGGUAGUGGUGAAGGAUAUAGAGAUGUUCUCCAUGUGCGAGCAUCACUUGGUGCCAUUUUACGGGAAGGUCUCCAUUGGUUACCUGCCCCAAGGCAAGAUCUUGGGCCUUAGCAAGCUCGCCAGGAUCGUGGAGAUAUUCUCCCGUCGGCUGCAGGUGCAGGAGCGUCUCACCAAACAGAUAGCAAUCGCCGUAACACAAGCUGUGCGCCCGGCUGGCGUCGCAGUUGUCAUCGAAGGAGUACACAUGUGCAUGGUGAUGAGAGGAGUCCAGAAGAUCAACAGCAAGACGGUGACCUCCACCAUGCUGGGGGUGUUCCGCGACGACCCCAAGACCAGGGAGGAGUUCCUCAACCUCGUCCACUCCAAGUGAGGCAGCGACAUGUUCCCACCUACGGGACCUCUCAAAUUAUUCUCUUAGUUGCCUCUAAUUCAUUUCCAUUACUUUCAUUUCGUCAUUUAUUGCGAGCAUGCAAAUUACGAAACAAAUUUCGUUAAACUUGUUUCCUAUUUUAUUUUGUUUAUUUUAAAUUAAUUUAAUACGUAAUUUUUGUUCUGCAAAUGAAUUAUUUGCGACUAUUAGAAGUAAUAUGGAAGGCACAGUAACGGUAGAGAUGUAAUGGAAACAGAAAUUUUACCAAUAUUGCAUUAAAAAAAGAACUUCCUAAUGACUUAAUAAACUAUCUAAUAUUCAAACACAUCGACUAUUCUAAUUUCAAGUACUUUUCAUUAUUUUCUUUCAUUAAAAUUGUAUAAAUAUCGUUGUACAUAAUUUGCGAUUUUCAUUAA